AUGCCUUUCCUUACGGACAAAAACAACCCCGUCGGCCAUUGCCUUAGAGCCCUGAUCCGGUUUGGAAUGGACUCUCGCCGCCUCAUCCAGCGUUGCACCAAGCCUGAUGCAAAGGAGUUCAAGAAGAUUGCAGUUGCUUGCGCCAUUGGAUUCUCCAUCAUGGGAUUCAUCGGCUACACCGUCAAGCUGGUAUUCAUUCCCAUCAACAACAUCAUUGCUUGUGUCCCAGACACCGGCGUGUCUUGCGACAUAAUGAGCGGUUAG